GACGAGCGAGGAAAUCCUAACCAUAUCAAAUCGAUCGACGCCAAGGAGAAGGAGUACAAAUCCGGGCAAAGGCGACGAUCCACCUGUCGUCCGGUCGAGGCGAGACCCACCAGCGAUGGCGGCGCUCCGGAACUUAGCACGCUCGGCGCUCCGGCAAAGUGGAACGCUCGCCCAGGCCGAGCACACAAGGCUUAUCACUUCCAGGCCUUCCACCAUUGAAGAGAAAAAGGAAGCCAGGCUCCUCUUGAUUCAAAUCGAAUCGAAGAAAGAGGAGCUGUUUGAUUUGAUGGCUCAGUUUAAUGGGAGGUUCAGGAUCCCUGGCUUCCGUGGCGAAACCAAUGGCCUUCUUCUGGAGCAACUCUCGGUGGCAGUCAACCCGAGACCCUAUGAUCCUCAGUGGCGCUGGUUGCGAGGAGUUCAAAGGUUCCGUCGUGUCAUGACGUACCUGGGGCUAUGUACUUUUUGCACUACGGUUUCGUUCGGUUUGCCCUGGUUGAUCAUGGAUCCUAAGCCAAAGAAGAUAGCCCGGGACGUGUGGACUGCGCUACAGCAAUGAAGUGAUUACCUUGUCUGGUUGGUUGUCUAGGAGUAUUACCUAUAUUGUGGAAUGGAGGUAGUAGGAGUUAUGCUGUGGAAUGUGUACUAAAUGUCUAUGUAAUGGUGCAAUCAUGAAGAGAUUAUCUUCUCCGGUUGGUCGUCUACUA